CAUGGACAACACCUCCAACUCAUACAGACACAUGUUGCAUGAUACAUGCCAGAUAUACUGUGCGUGUGCAUGAUAACAUCAGGUGAGCCAUUCCAAUAAAGAUGUCGGAUAUUCAGGAUACGCUGCUGCUGGGAUCAGAGGGAAUCAAGAAAACAAUCCUGCAUGGAGGCACAGGAGACAUUCCUAAAUUCAUCACGGGGGCAAAGGUGACGUUUCAUUUCCGCACCCAGCUGUGUGAUGAUGAACGCACAGUAAUAGACGACAGCAAAGUGGUGGGGACGCCCAUGGAGAUCGUGAUCGGCAACAUGUUCAAACUGGACAUAUGGGAGACUCUGUUGGCCUCCAUGAGGAUCGGUGAGGUGGCGGAUUUCUGGUGUGACAUCAGUCACACUGGCGUUUACCCACUUGUCUCCAAGAGUAUGCGACGCAUUGCUGAAGGCAAAGACCCUGUCGACUGGCACAUCCACACGUGUGGCAUGGCUAACAUGUUCGCCUACCACAGCCUUGGCUACGACGACCUGGAUGAGCUCAUGAAGGAACCCAAACCUCUGUACUUUGUCCUCGAGCUGCUCAUGGUGCAGCAGCCCAGUGAGUACAACAGGGAGUCGUGGGCUCUGAGCGAUGAGGAGAGGCUGAAGAUCGUUCCUGUGCUGCAUGGCCAAGGGAACAAGCUCUACAAACAGGGACGCUAUCAAGACGCUACGCAAAAAUACAAGGAGGCCAUCAUCUGCAUCAAAAAUGUUCAGACUAAGGAAAAAUCUUGGGAGGUCCCCUGGUUGAAACUGGAGAAAAUGGCCAACACCUUGACCCUGAACUGCUGCCAAUGUUUGCACCGUAUGGAGGAGUACUACGAGGUCAUCGAGCACACCAGUGACAUCAUCAAUCAGCACCCAGGCGCAAUGAAGGCCUUCUACCUACGAGGGAAAGCCCACAUGGAGGUGUGGAACGAGGCAGAGGCCCGGCAGGACUUCAGCAGGGUGCUGGACCUGGACCCUGGCAUGAAGAAGGCUGUGAAGAAGGAACUGGCUGUGCUCAAUAUGCGCAUGGAAGAGAAGAACCAGGAGGAUAGGGAAACGUACAAGGGCAUGUUCUGACCAGGACAGACUGCAGACAGGCUGGACAAUUAGUGACGUGAUGUGACAGAGACGGAGUGAAAUUGUUGAAUUAAAAAUCUCAAUGUUUGAUGUUAUUUUCAAACAAUAAAAUAAUACAUUGAUGCUGGUUUAAUAAAUCAGGAAGUUGUAUGAACACCA